AUGUUGGGCGUCGACCUCCUUGGUGUUCUUGGACUGGUCCAAGCUGCGAGCUUCAGCAGCCCGUGGCUUCCCGCUGACCUCGCGCCGCCCCUCCGCCAUCUCCUCGAGGCGGCCGAACUCGGUCCACCCCAACUCCCCGUCAACACGCUCCAGCAGGCUCACCCCGAGGACGCCUACCCCAGCCCUACUGAAAGCUCUCCACCGUCGCAGGACAUGGAUAAGCAGCGGAGGACCCCCGAGGACGAAGACGAUCUGCGGUUAGACGAAGAAGAAGUACCGCUAGACCAAGAUGUACCGUCAGACGAAGAAGAAGAUGUACCGCCAGACGAAGAAGAAGAUGUCCAGCAUGCUCACCCCGAGGACGCCUACCCCCGUCCCUCUACUGAAACCUCUCGACAGUCGCAGGACAUGGAUAAGCAGCGGAGGACCCCCGAGGACGAAGACGAUCUGCGGUUAGACGAAGAAGAAGUACCGCUAGACCAAGAUGUACCGUCAGACGAAGAAGAAGAUGUACCGCCAGACGAAGAAGAAGAUGUCCAGCAUGCUCACCCCGAGGACGCCUACCCCCGUCCCUCUACUGAAACCUCUCGACAGUCGCAGGACAUGGAUAAGCAGCGGAGGACCCCCGAGGACGAAGACGAUCUGCGGUUAGACGAAGAAGAAGUACCGCUAGACCAAGAUGUACCGUCAGACGAAGAAGAAGAUGUACCGCCAGACGAAGAAGAAGAUGUCCAGCAUGCUCACCCCGAGGACGCCUACCCCGUCCCUCUACUGAAACCUCUCGACAGUCGCAGGUGA